AUGCUGACCGCAGCGCACAGCCAAAGCACGAGAAUAACCCUCUCGGCUAUCAGUUCCACCCAAUUGCACUGCGGUGGACCUACCGACCUUCGCGCUGAAUCAUCUCGGUUGCGGAUCCUGGAACUCCUCCCGGCCUUCGGUCAAUACUGUUUUGGGCUGAAAAACGUUCGAGUGACGGUGCCGACGGCCAUCAGAAAAGGUGAAGAUGCUCACCUGUACUGCAACUGGGAGAUGGAAGACAAGGAGCGGCUAUAUUCGAUCAAAUGGUACAGAGGACGAAGAGAGUUUUUCCGAUACACACCCCUGGAGCAACCCUCGAUGAAGGUUUUCAACAGCGUUAGCGGAGUUGUGGUGGAGAGCUCGCUCUCGAACGAAAACCUCGUGGUCAUCAAAGCGGCCAACCUUUCCGGAAAAUACAGCUGCGAAGUUUCGGCGGACGCCCCCUCAUUUCACACCGUCAUCGUAUCUGGCGAUAUGGAGGUGAUAGAACCUCCCCGGGACAUACCGAUGAUUCAGGGAACACAAACCAGAUACCGAGCGGGGGAUAUCCUUCGGGCAAACUGUUCUUCUCUGAGCUCGAAACCGGCUGCAAAUCUAACGUGGACGAUAAACGAUGUUCCGGUAUUACAGCAGCAGACACGAGUUUUCAGACCGAUCAAGGAUUCGGUAACGGGACUGGAAACAGCGAUUCUUGGGAUUAGCGUAAUGGUUUCGCACAGCCACUUUGUGAAAGGAAAGUUAAAACUCAAAUGUGAGGCAUCGAUACACCAGAUCUACCACGAGAGCACCGAACAGCUUCUGGAGGAGGACCGGCCCCGAAUAUUGGCCACCGGAUCGUCGAGCGGCCAGGCCAACAUGAAUCUCUUCCACAGCAGCGUCUAUGAUGGGGAGCUGACGGACCAGGGCGAUCGGUAUCUCACCAUGAACGGAUACAAAGCGGACAAGAGCUCUCCACCUUCCUCGUCGAGUGCCGGAAUGGUCGUCGGAUCGUACGUGAAAGUAUGCUGGAUAACAUUCUACAUCUGCACAAUCUGCACCGUCCUGUUGUAUUCGCUUCGAGUGGGAAUAUCCUGAUUGUACAACCUGAAGGAGAUUAUCAAGAUAUAAGACGUCGCCACGAGAAAUGUCUGCAGCAGCCGGCAACAUCCGGAUCCGGAAGGCGGUGAAGACGAGAGUGUGGGAGGAAACGAAACAAAACAACAGUCUGUAGUCUAGUGUAGUGUAGUGUUAGUUUAGCGUAGCAUAUAUUAGCAAUCCCAAACAACUACUAGACGAAAGCUAAUCAAAAAAUAAAUCGAAGAUAAACAGAAUUCAGGCUACAAAUUGAAAUGGUUCAAGAAGACAGGCGAAGAGUAGAAGAAGGGGGAAAAAGACAAAAGUAUCCCAACGAGAAUGAGAUAAAACCGAUGAAGAAACUCAGAUAAGAAACAACGCCAUCACUAGCUUCCAAGAUUGCUUUAUAUUUUAAAACUAAGAAACCAAAAAACAGAGAAAAAAAACUGGUAAACUACUACCUUCCAAAACGACGAAAAUCCGACAAAAAAAGGAAAUAGUGAGCGUAAAAUAAUUUUGGAGAAAAUGGAAACUUUUCAGAAACAUGCGCUAAAGAUGUAAAAACUCGAAACAGUUUGUGAAAGGGAGAAAAGCAAGAAAAAACUUGUGCAACAAAAGAAAGUCGAACACUACAGUUGAAUAAUGGAAUAGCUACCAGUCCAUUCGGGCCUUUUUCGGUGGGGAAAAUGUGGAAAACAAAAUCGUUGAAAAUGGAACCGGAAAGUUAUGUGCCCUAGGAAGAAAAAGAAUAAAAAAGUGCACCCAUGCCAUGCCAGAAGCAUCAACCCAUUUGA